UUCUAAUAAAUCACAUGCGCAUCCAUUGAAUAAAGACAAUGAUAUAUUUAGUGUUAAGUGUAACCUUCUUCUUUAAGCUUCUCUCCUUCUUUGUAUAUCUCUUUCACAUCUCAUUUUCACUCUCUCCAUCUUCAAGAAACAAACAGAGAGAUACGAUGUUUUUCUCCAAGGAUCUUCCAUCACCUACAUCAUUCUUCACAGCUUACGCAUCACUGGCAGGUUACAUGAUGAUGAUACGAUCAAUGGCUCACCAGCUUAUCCCAGGCCCUGUCCAAGAUCUCAUUUACUCAUCUCUCCGGUCUCUCUUCUUCAGCUCUAAUUCAACAACUUUGACUCUAACCAUCGACGACGACAACAUGGGCAUGCACAACGACAUCUACCGAGCCGCUCAGACUUAUCUCUCAACCAAGAUCAGUCCAGACGCAGCCAGGCUCAGAAUCAGCAAAGGCCAUAGAGACAAACAUGUCAACUUGUACCUCAGCGACGGAGAAACCGUCAACGAUGUGUACCAAGACGUCGAGCUGAAAUGGAGGUUUGUCACAGACCGAGGAGAUAAGAAAGGCGAUGACGACCGUGGAAGCGAGUACUUCGAGCUGAGUUUCGACAAGAAACACAAAGACUUGAUCUUAAACUCUUACGUCCCUCAUAUAGAGAGUAAAGCUAAAGAGAUUAGAGACGAGAGGAGAAUCUUGAUGCUGCAUUCUCUCAACAGUCUCCGAUGGGAUUCAGUCAUCCUCGAGCAUCCUUCGACUUUCAAAACAAUAGCUAUGGAAGACGAGCUCAAGCGUGACGUCAUGGAGGAUCUUGAUCGGUUCAUUAGAAGGAAAGAUUAUUACAAGAAAGUUGGGAAAGCUUGGAAGAGGGGUUACUUGUUGUACGGACCACCAGGAACAGGGAAGUCUAGUCUGGUUGCGGCUAUGGCUAAUUACCUCAAGUUUGAUGUCUAUGAUCUUCAGCUAGCGAGUGUGAUGUGUGACUCUGAUCUAAGGAGGCUAUUACUCGCUACACGUAACCGGUCGAUUCUUGUCAUAGAAGAUAUCGAUUGUGCGGUUGAUUUUCCCAACAGGUUGGAGCAACAACAGCCUGGUGAAGGCAAGAACCCUGGCGACUCUCAGCCACCUUUGACGUUAUCAGGGCUGCUGAAUUUCAUAGACGGAUUGUGGUCAAGCUGUGGAGACGAACGGAUUAUAAUAUUCACGACGAACCAUAAAGAUAAGCUUGACCCGGCAUUGCUGCGUCCGGGUCGUAUGGACAUGCACAUAUACAUGGGACAUUGCACUUUUCAAGGAUUCAAGACCUUAGCCUCUAACUACUUGAGCUUGAACGACACCACAAUGCCACACCGUCUUUACCCGGAGAUCGAGCGGUUGAUGGACGGUGAAGUAAUUACACCGGCACAAGUAGCAGAAGAGCUGAUGAAAAGCGAGGAUGCUGAUGUGGCGCUUGUGGGUUUGGUGAAUGCUUUGGAGAAGAUGAGGUUUAAAUCUGAUGAAUCGAGUCAGGUUAUGAACAAGAAGGAGAGUAGAUUGGAGAUGGAUGAGAAUCAUGAGAAAAGAUUAAGGCGUGAUACCGAGGGUUCUCCCAGGAAGAGCAGCAAAAGGAUCAAGAAACUUGUUCUGUUUUGGACCUAAAACGUGUGCCACAAAAUUAUAUGGUCCAGUAUUAGUUCACAUAAGAUAAUGAGAGAAAUAGGCUUACCAUGAUUUUAGUAGAGAAGGUGAGCAAAUCUGUUUGUCUAUUACAUUUGGAUGGACAAAGUUCAAUUAUGCCGAAAGAAAUUGAUCAAAAAAAUUAAAUGAAAAAACAAUUAUUGGGAGCAAUAAGAGCAACAAUAUGGAUUAAA